UAACAGAAGUUUUAUUGUCUUUAGAGAUAAUGAGAAAGUAGUUCAAGAAUCUACAAAGAAGGGUCUAACAGAAAAUGAUCGGUUAUUGGUCAAUACUAAAAAUUGUAUAUGCGAAUAAAGCGAUUCUAUUGGUUCGUGCAGAAUAGCAAUCGUCCAGCACGGUAACCUUAUUUAUCUUCCUAAUAAGAGAUUGUUUUAAAUAUAAAUAUAACUGCGAGUAGAAGAUGACGGAUAAUCAAUGAAUAUCUUUAAAAAGUUUUCUUUUCUUGAAAUAAAUAAUAUUUAAAACAUUGUAUCGCGUGCGCAAGGAGUAACCUUUUAACGUGUACGCAUUUUUACUUACUCGCGCACACAUACAAUCAAUUCAACAUCCUAACGCAAAUCGAAGACUUCAAGCACAUAAAUCGAAUUGAGAAAAUUCGGAGAUUUGUUCUCAAUUAGAUACGAAACAUAAAAGAAGAUCGAAGAAAUAGAAAGUAAAACCAAAAUUUUAGUGAGAGUUAGAGGAAAAAAGAGUAAAAGGAAAGGUGCUAGACAAGAAAUGUCUUGUGUGAUGGGUUAAUAGUGGUAGUUGGUGGUGGUGGUGGUGGUGGUGGUGGUGUUUGCCCUAACCGACUGGUUAUCCUAUAUAUAAAACUAGUACGCCUCCGGACUCCGUUAGCUUUGCGCGCGUUACGGGAAGGGUGCGUGUCGAUCACGAUUAACAUAUGCUAUAUCGUAGCGGGAAUUUUGUCUCCAGCCUAAGGAUAGUUGAGGUAAACUUUAACAAUAAAUUAAUCAAACGAGAAGACAAAUAACAGACAUAUUUUCUUUGAGCUAAUGUCUUACGCAAAGUGAUUAUAUUCGUGCGCGCGACUCCAGUUUAAUGAAGAGACUAGUGUAGUAGUAGUAGUGUAGUAGUAGUGUAGUGUAGUAAUAGUAGGGAAUUAAAAUGUCGAUGCCGGUACCGGUAUUUUAUCGAGCUCUAUUCGAACAAGAAGGAUAAAAAGAGAUGGCAAUAGUGCGCUCGCGCGACUCUUUUCCUCUCUUUUCUCUUUAUCUUUCCAUGCGCCUUUUUUGACAGCUAAAAAUACAAUUUUUGAUGAACUAACCAAUCAACCAACCGAGCGAGCGAACGUUCAUCCGAACUCAGCGACUAUUUCGAAUAUCUUUGAAGAUACUUCAAUAUGUCUCAUCACUUUGUUACUGUAUGCGUAGUAUGCGUGUUAUGUGCUGCACAUGUUCCAUGCUCUGCACAUACCAUUUUCCAAAUAACAGAUGAAACGACAUCCCAUGACAUUGUAAAUUAUGAAAAUAUACCGAAUUCUACCAGUCAAUUGUCGAUAUCUAAAUCAAGAUCUAAACAAUUGUUGCAACUUAAGGAUUAUUUUAAGAUAAGAUAUAAUACAUCAGAUAGAAAAAAAGACAGCAUUAAAAAGCCUAUUAAUACUCAAAAAAUUAAUGAAAGCGAAUAUGGAAUUAGUAAAGCUAUGCCAGUAGCUGAUAAAUCUUAUUCUGAAAAGAAAUCUUCGGAGAUUUUAGAAAGACUCGGACAAAUUGAACCGGUUCGUCAAAAACAGGGAUCCACAUAUUUUAAUAAUGAUCAUAGCAAAGAUUCUAGGAUUAGAAAAAAAAGGAAUAUAGAUGCGGUUGGGAAGAAUCACAUGAAAAAAAUCUUUGAGGCCUAUGGUGAUGGUAAAGAUAUGAAAAUGGAGGGUUUCGAAACAAUGUUAAGAAAAUUAGGUUUAUUAACUCUUCUGACUGAUACUACGAAAUCAGAAGGCCAUAAUGUGGACAUCAAUCAGUCUGAAAAUCAAUUGGACAGUAAAGCUUUGCGACAUAAUGGCCUACAAGAUAAAAGUGGAAUUAUUAAAGAACGGUGUUUAAACAGUAAAGAGUUGCUAAAUAUGGUUGCACAAGGUAUCCCAUAUAAUUCAAAAAACAAUGACUCGACAAUACCGAGCUGGCUUUUUGAACGUGUUUGUCCAGUUCUCCUUUAUCAGUUGGCAGGAGAAUCAAGUUUAGAAAGAACUGGAUGCGUUCUAGUACCAGAAAGUUAUAAAACUAUUACGGAUGAUACUGAUUAUCAUCCAGAAGAAUUAAAUCGUAACAUGUUUCAGGUGUGGUUGUAUUCGACAAUUAGCAUUUUAAUUAUUAGUCUUUGUGGUCUGCUUGGUGUAGCAGUAAUACCAGUAAUGGGGAAAGUUUACUAUCAUCAAUUAUUACAAUUCUUAGUUGCUCUCGCUGUGGGAACAUUAUGCGGUGAUGCUCUUAUACAUUUAUUACCACACGCGAUGAUGUCGCCAAUGGCACAUAAUCAUGAACAUGGUCAUGAUCAUGAAAAUAAUUUUGUAUUAAAUCACGAAGAACAACAUAAUCUAAAUAUGUGGAAAGGUUUUACAGCUAUGAUUGGUCUAGUGCUGUUUUUUUUCACUGAGAAAGCUUUAACAGUGUUAGCAGAAUGGAGAAAGCAUCGUCAACGUCGCAACAAAUUACCAUCACGUGUGAGAGUUAAGAGAGAAUCUGAUGGUCCUAACAGUAAUGUUGUUGGGGAAAAACUUUGUAAACAUAAAUAUUCUUCGUAUCCCUAUUGUUAUGGAGAAAUCACAGCAGAAACGCAUGAUAAUCAUCAUAAUCGACAAAACAAGGAAGAUAAACCACCUGCCAUCGAAGAAGAAAAACCAUUAACAGAAAAUUGUAAUUCUGUAUCGAAAAUGAUGACAAGUGAUGCAGAGAAAAAAACAACCGACGAUUGGAGAUUGGAUGACUCCAUUGUAAAUAAUGCAAAAAAGAAUGCGGAUGGUGCUGAUAUACCUUUAAACGAAUCUGAAAGUUAUACCGUUAUUAUACGCGAGCACGAGACUAAACAUCAUGGCCAUACACACUCGCAUGGUCAUGUACACUCUGCACCAGAAUCAAUGUCAAGCGUAGCUUGGAUGGUGGUAAUGGGUGAUGGCCUACAUAAUUUUACAGAUGGUAUGGCCAUAGGUGCAGCUUUUGCAGCUAAUAUUGCAGGUGGAUUUUCUACGGCUAUUGCUGUUUUUUGUCAUGAAUUACCUCACGAGUUAGGUGAUUUUGCCGUAUUGUUAAAGGCAGGUAUGAGUGCUAAACAAGCAGUCUUUUAUAAUCUUUUGUCAUCGGUGCUGUGCUUAUUUGGUAUGAUAGUUGGCGUUUUAUUGGGCAGUACACCAGCAGCAACCAGUUGGAUAUUUUCUAUAGCUGCUGGUAUGUUUAUAUAUAUAGCUUUGGUUGAUAUGAUUCCAGAAUUGUCUUCGAGUCAUGCUGCAGAGCGUAGUUCACACUGGCAAUGCUUGUUACAAGCAUUAGGAUUAUCAUUUGGUCUUGGUAUCAUGCUAAUUAUUGCACUUUACGAACACAAUCUUAAAAAUAUAUUUAAUGAUUAAAUCAUAUAUAUUGGAAGUAUUUUUGAAAAAUGCACAUUUACCAAUGAAGUUCGUUAUUUAUAAUAAUCAAGGAGUCUGUUAUAUCGAUAACUAUUAAAGUAUAGAUAAAAUAAUACAGAAGAUAUGAAAAUAUCAAAAUAGAUAAUGCAGCAACACUAACAAUAAGAGAGAGUAAAUGAAUAACUAGAUAAAAACUUAAUUAAUUUAAAUACAUAAUGUAAUGAGACAAUAUUUGAAGUAUACUUACAGAAUUUAAUUACUCAGAGUAUACUUCUGAUUAUUGAAAAUGCUGUCUUUGCGGAGAACAUACGAUGGAACCUUGUUUUCAGUGAUUAGAUAAAGAACUUUAUAAUGAUUACUUAGUUUUUUUAUUUGUUAUUUUGAUAAUAAAUAAAGUAAUUGUAUAUAAUUGCUGCUAUAUAAAUAAUAUGAUACAUUCGCUUAUACUUUGAAAAAUAAUCGUAUUUAAAUUUUAAUAUUAAGUACAUAAUAUUAAAUGAAAGUUGCCUUAGUAUUCAUACUUGCCAUUGUUACGUGAAUAAAUUACAAGCACACAAGCAAAAAUAUUAAUAUUAAAGUAAGGAUCCAUUUAACAUUAAAGGCUUCUUUUAAAUUUAUCUUUACAAACUUAUUAAUUACAAAAUUCCUUUUUAUUCUAUUCGAAAUCUUUCUUUUUGAUACAACAAAUUUACUGUUAUUAAUAAAAAAUAAAAUACAUUUGUUGGUGAACAUUAUCAAAAAGAUAUUAGAUGAUGUACUUUAAAUAGAACAUCCAUCAAAUAAACAUCAUUUUAUGUAUUUUUAAAAAUUAUUAUUAGGAAGCUAUAGCAGCAAUUACAUAAAAAAUAUUUAAUUAAGGUGGCUUCCAUUAUUUUGUAAGUAAUCUAACACUUAAAUGAGAGAUAUUAGUUUAAAAAUUUAUAAAAAUAAGAUAGAUAUUUACAAAAAUCGCAUAUAAAUUUACCAUAAGUUAUGAUUCAACUGAUGCUUUUCAAAUCAAUAGAUUAUUCGAUAUUAUAUAAAUUUCUAUUUUCUAUGAAAUUAUCUUUUCUACGUAACACAAUUAUACGAAACGAGUAAAUACAGUUUGCAAAUUGUAUUUACUUGUAGUCUCGCAAUAAUACUGGAUAUUUAUCAUUGCGCCUACCUUCGCACUUCAAUAAAUUCUUAAGCGUUUCAUAUAAGAUUUAAAUACUUAAAAAUUCCUAAUUUCAAAUGUUUUUGUUUAGUAUUAUGUUUUUAACAUCGAAUGAUAUUAGUAAGAAUAGAAUUAAUUUUUUUCUAAUCGUCGGGGGGGGGGGAUCAAAUCCAAACCAAAUAUCCAAUUUAUUACAAAAUAAUCUCACGUUUAUCGCACAUAUUCGCAAUUAUUUUAAAUCGUUUAUUUAUUCAAUUACAACGUAAUCAUUUUCAUUUUAUUUUAGUAUUGAGCAAAUGUUUUAUUUUUUCACUACACCGGUGCUCGCAUAUACCAUUGUUUGCAUAUUUUUUAUUUUUACAUGUAAACUGGCUUUAACUAAUAAAAAUUAACUUUAGCCGUGAGAUAGAUCAAGAAUAGUAGCACAAAUAAUCAAAUGAAAAAACGAUCAAGUAAAACGAAUAAAAAUAUUAUUUUUACUUUUCCAAGAUACCAUCCUAGAUUGCAUUUAUUUAUUAAGUUUUUGCGCAAAUGUACCGAGAGGAAAGAAACCAAAUCUGUUAAUUACUGUAUUAGAAAAUGUAUAAUGUCAUUGUUUGCCUAUCAUCACAUAAAUUCAAAGUUAUGAUACUGAAAAUCUAAUAUUUUGAUAAAUUCAUGUUUUAUCUGAAUUUCAUGAAAAACAAAGAAAACAGAAUUUUAUAUGUAGUAAUAUUAAUCGCAUAUUAAAAAUCGAAUAAUUAUCAUCAAUCUUUAUAGAAAUAAGAAAAGAAAACGAGCUAGCUAUGAUUAUUUAUAUACCUGCGGGCUAUUAAUCAUCCGAAACAAGAAAAGCCUGUUGUAGUGAUAUCAAUUUAAAUGUUUAAAAAAUAGACUUAAUAUAUCUUACUGUAUAUUUAAUAUUUACUUUUAAACUAUACUUUUUUUUUGUUACUUUGAUAAAAAAAAAAAUGUCCCACCAAUAAAAAGUGUAGAAACAAUUUUUGAAAGAGCUUUCGAUAUGAGAUUAUAAUUAAAAGUUAUUAAGAUAUUAAACAUAUUUUAUUUUAAUUUAUUAUAUGAGAGGGCAUAUAAAUGUGUGCUACAAUAUUAUUUAAUAUAAUUACCACCUAGUAUAAUGCAUAACUGUCAUAAAGUUAUAAAUGAAAAUUUCAAUGAUACACAUGUAUAACAUAGAAAUUUCUCACUUACAGUUCAUCACUCCUUUAUGAACAUGUAUACCAUUGAAAAAAAUGUCACACAUCACAUGUAUCUAUCAACAACGCUGUAAGGUUUAGUAAUUAAAUAAAUUUAAGCACAUAUUGUACGCGGUCAUAAUUGCUGUGAUACUACCUUCUAUUGUAUAGUACUAUUUGUAUAUAAAAUAUGCAUGCGUGUAAA